UUGAAAAAUUGAUUAAAUGUCUUGUGCAGGUCACUGUGUAUACACAGCUAUACAAAAGAUUGCAAAAUGUGAGAUCUCCCCAAAAAAGAACUCCAAAUGGGAGACAUUCAAAGAGCUCUACGAAGAGGCGCUGUCUUGAGCAGCCAACAGACACAGAUGAAAUCGAUUUAAGUGACUCAACAAUCAUUCUAGAUCGAUCCACAGAAGGAAGUGUCAGCCCAGACAGUAAAGAAAGUGAGUUAGAAGGACAAAGAAGAUCCCAGAGCCUACCUAAAGAAGCACCCUCUGCCCUGUCUAGUCUUGAUGCUAACAUGUCUGCAGAUGUUGACAGUCCAGACACCUACAGUCCAGCAACCAUGGCAAAGCACUACGAGACACUAGAAACUUUGUAUAAAAGAAAAAAUUCAAACCACCAGGAUGUCUCUCAUCUCUUGGAUUUAGAAUUUGUGGCCAGAAGAGCAUUCAUUGAUUCAAAUACCAUUCGCGAGGAGGACAGACACAAGAAGGUUCUUGAAGCAUAUCCUUGUUUCAAGGAUGUUGGACAUGCGAUGGAGGAGCUUCAACGCAUUUUGGAUAAGGAUAAUACCAACUUCAUCGAUGAACUGAAGGAAAGAUGGCAAGACUUCUGCCAGAAGGUGCAGUUUUUUGGUCUUUGGAAGAAGGUGCUGAAACCCCCACUAGGAAUGGACAAAGCUGAACAGGCUCUUGAGAUCUUACGUGUCCUGCCAUCACUGUUCCCCUCCACGUCUGCUCCUCCAAAGAGGCUACGAGAUGCAAGUGAGGCUCUGGUCCAUGUCCUUGAGGAAAAAGAAGACCCCAAUUUCUACUCGAAGAAGCACCCUCUCUCCUGCCCGGUCCUGAUUGUCAGUCCGUCCAACUGCCUCCUAGUGGUAGGAGAUGUGGCAAUAACCACCUUUCCAAAAGACAAGCUUACCGAGAGUGCUUUAUAUCUUAUGGCCUACUAUUAUACCCUACACCUGACUUAUCCAAAGUGUGUAGCCACUCUGCUUUCAGUCAUACAGACGGAGGUCCUCUUAGACAGAAUCCAUGAGAGGGAUCUCACAUCAUCUUACAAGAAAAGCAUGGCUGAUUGGAAAGCUUUUAUUGGCCAAUAAAACCAGUGGUCACAUAUGGUGUAGGAUAGCGCUUCUUCUUUCCCUCCAAGGGUACUACAAUCCAUACUCAUUGCUAUUGAUUCUUGGUCAGUAUUUGGCUAAGUUAGCCCAGUGUUAAUUUGGGGUGCACAACAAUAUUGGCCAACAUGCUGAUAUCGGCAAAAAGUCCAGUAUGGUGCAUCCGUAAUGAUAAUGUUACAAUGGUUAAUGGUGUAUUGAGGGACUAGUUGUUCAUGUAAACCCAGAACCUUUCAUUUGAAUGUUACAAUAUUAAGCAUUUGUAUAAAGAAUGAAUGUCACAGUUGAGACAGUUUUAGUGUCCCUAGUGUGUCUAUAUGCUUUGAGUGUUUGAGUUUUGUACGUGUAUUGAGGGGCCGAUUGAUCAGAUGUCUGGACCUGCCCUUAACUCACUCACAUAUUUGGUAUAUUCUGCUAUGUUUACAUAUUGCAGUUCCAUAAAUACGUUGAAAUGAAGCUGUUUCCCUUUUAUGCAGUCCUCUGGGACUUUUUGCUGUUUAAAUAAAAAAAAGGUGGUUAAGUGCAAGACUAGUUUUCAUUUGUUCUGUCUUAUAAGAAGUAGUUAAUGUCUUGAAUCUAGUAGGUGAAUGUCUUGAUCUUUUGUAGAGUUUACAAUAAGGUAAAUACACUUGAGAUGAUGACGGGAUGGUAAAUUACAGCUUAUUAUGGCAAAAGGGCACUGCCUAAUAUGAGUCAGGAAUGCUAAC